AUAGUCACUCAGUUGUUUGUUGUUCGCUGUUGUGGUAACGUGUGGUUUUGUGCGGUGCGCGGACGCGUGACGACUCGUUUAGUAUAUGCAAUUCACGUGCUUCGAAUUUAGAUUCGUAAAUACUUCAAAGUGCUUGUGAAAAUAAUUUUAACUCUAAAUGGCGGUGUCGCCCAAGUGCCUUUAAACGACCGACUCGACUACGAUACAUUCCGUAAAUUAAGUUAAUAAAUUUUAAAAAAACCUACAACGAAUUAACAACGAAAAAUAAAAGUUUGUGAUUAUCUGGCGAAGUCACAAACUUGAAAAAAAAGUGAAGUGGUGCUAAUUUCAACUAACGACAAUGUCUACGCAAGCCUAUUAUAAAGAUCGAUUGGGGUUCGACCCCAAAGAAGCACUAUUCGACGGUCCCCCGCACGAAAAAUAUCGCAAAACUGGCGAUAUGAAAAAGGAACCGCACGGCUACGAGGAGAACCUGACCAAAUUUAAAGGUACAACAAUAUGGGAAUAUUUUGUCGAAUCUACAGACGAACGAGACGCCAUUCAAAAGAAAACCUUUACAAAAUGGGUCAACAAACAUCUAAAAAAGACGUACACAUGUUUACACGUGUGUGUUACCGUCAACAACGUCCCAUGUUGUCCUCCACCCGCCAAUCAACAAAUCAGAGACCUUUUCGAAGAUUUGCGAAGCGGACACAACCUUAUUUCCUUGUUGGAGGUGUUAACUGGCGAACAACUUCCAAGGGAAAGAGGUGUCAUGCGCUUCCACAUGCUUCACAACGUCGAUACAGCCCUUCAUUUUCUUCACUGCAAAAAGAUUAGAUUAGUUAACAUCCGUUCCGAAGAUAUAGUCGAUGGCAACCCCAAGCUCACCUUAGGAUUGAUAUGGACAAUUAUUUUACAUUUCCAGAUAUCGGAUAUUGUGGUGGGCCAAGAACCAAAUAUAUCGGCGAAAGAUUAUCUUCUCAGAUGGGCUAAGAGGACAACAAACAAAUAUCCUGGUGUUCGAGUUACCGAUUUCACCUCUUCAUGGCGAGACGGUUUGGCCUUCAGUGCAAUCAUCCAUCGAAACAGGCCCGAUCUUGUCGACUGGCGAAAUAUUAAAGUACAGCAUGCGAGAGAACGAAUGGAAACCGCCUUUUAUAUUGCCGAACGAGAAUAUGGUGUGACAAGGUUGUUAGAUCCUGAAGAUGUGGAUACCCAUGAACCGGAUGAGAAAUCGUUAAUUACGUACAUUUCAUCAUUACACGAAGUAUUCCCAGAACCUCCAUCAAUCCAUCCGCUUUACGAUCAAGCAGCACAACAGCGAAUACAAGAAUAUCGCGAAUUGGCUUCAUCAGUACAUAUGUGGAUUAGGGAAAAAUACAGUUUAAUGCAGGAUCGCUCAUUCCCACCGACCUUAAUCGAAAUGAAGAAAUUGGCCUCAGAAUCGUCGCGAUUUAGAACCGACGAAAUUCCACCUCGUCAAAGAGAUAAACAGUAUUUAAAUCAGUUAUUCCGCGACUUAGAAAAAUAUUUUAAAAGUGUCGGAGAAGUAGACAUCGAACCCGAAUUGCACAUCGACUCGAUCGAGAAAACUUGGAGUCGUUUUAUGACGGCAUACCAGGAAAGGGAUAGGCAAAUUUUAGAGGAACUUAAACGAUUGGAGAGGUUACAACGGCUAGCGGAAAAAGUACAUAGGGAAAUCAAACAGACAGAUUCGAAUUUAGACACGAUUGAGCGACGAAUUGAAGACGAAGCGAGGAGAAUAGAACGAUUACAUCCCUUAGACGCUAAGAAAAUAGCUGACCAGAUUGAAUCAGAUUUGGCAGUUACGGAGCAAAAUAUACAGUCGUUAAUAACUGAUGUACAUACUCUUCUUAAUAGUCGAUAUUUGCAAGGUCCAGAAUUAGAUAAGAGAGUAAAGAAAUUGCACGAGAGGUGGGUGCAAUUGCGUCGAUUGUUACAUCAUAAGAUCGUUGGGCCUCUGGCGAACUUGAGUUUUCCAGUCGAAGAACGGACGGUUACGAAACAUAUUAGAACAGUGCAGGAAACUCGGAAUGUAGAUACUAAUCCGCAUUUCCGUGCCGUGCAAGAAGCCAUCGAAUGGUGUAAAAAUAAACUGAAACAAUUUCAAGAAGCCGAUUAUGGAACUGAUUUACCUUCCGUCCAAGCUGAACGUGAACUACAUCAGCGCGAACACAAACAUGUCGAUCAAUUUCAUUCCAAAGUGGAUACCUGUGUUAAAGCCCGUCAAUAUUUUUCAUCUGAAGAACUUACCUUAUACAACCAGCAUCUGAGUCAAUUACAGAAAGUCUACGCCGAAUUAUCGACCUAUUCUAAUAAUAGACUGAGCGAUCUGGAUAGUUUAUUAGAUUUUAUACAGUCCGCCACUAAUGAGUUGCAUUGGUUAAAUGAGAAAGAAGAGAUUGAGGUUACAAGAGACUGGUCCGAUAAGAAUAUCAACUUGCAAGCUAUUGAAAAAUAUUAUGAGAACCUAAUGAGCGACUUGGAGAAACGAGAAAUCCAGUUCGGAGCCGUACAAGACCGAGGGGAAGCCUUAGUAUUGCAAAAUCACCCGGCGUCUAAAGCUAUAGAGGCGCAUAUGGCGGCCAUGCAGGCGCAAUGGGCGUGGCUUUUGCAGCUAACUCACUGUCUCGAAGAACAUCUCAGACACGCACAAAAUUACCAAACAUUUUAUCAGGACAUUGAGGAAACCGAACAGUGGCUUAAAGAGAAAGAUGAGGUCAUGAAUACCGAAUUCAGCCAGUCUGAUUUCUCGUUGGAUGUUGGAGAAAGAUUGCUGCAAGGAAUGCAAGCGUUACGAGAUGAAUUGAACAACUUUGGGGACCGCGUACAAGAAUUAAUCGUCAGAUCUCAAGACAUAGUACCGCUUAAACAACGCCGACAACCGGUCACCAGGCCAUUGAGCAUUACCACUAUAUGCAAUUACAAGCAAAAUAACUUUGUCAUAGAGAAAAACAAAGAAUGUACAUUGACCGAUAACUCCGGACGUAUCAAGUGGAGAGUACACAAUGAAAAGGGAAUUGAGGCACAAGUUCCGGGCGUUUGCUUCGUAAUACCACCUCCAGAUAAAGAGGCCAUUGAGGCAGCCGAACGCCUGCGAAGACAAUACGAUCGCUCGAUAGCCUUGUGGCAAAAGAAACAGCUGAGAAUGAGACAAAACAUGAUAUUUGCAACAAUUAAGGUCGUUAAAGGCUGGGAUUUACCACAGUUUAUCGCUAUUGGGGCUGAGCAAAGAAAUGCGAUUAGGAGAGCAUUAAAUGAAGAUGCAGACAAGCUCAUGGCUGAAGGAGAUCCAUCCGAUCCUCAAUUGAGAAGGUUGCGAAGAGAAAUGGAAGAAGUAAAUCGGUUGUUUGAUGAAUUUGAAAAGAGAGCACGUGCCGAAGAAGAGAGUAAAAAUCAAACCAGAAUAUUCAACAACCAAAUUUCGUCGCUUCAGCAAUCUUUAGAUGAAGCCGAACGAAUAAUUAAUCAACGUGUACUCUCACCUUUACCUCGAGAUAUUGACACGUUACAACACCUCGUAUUAGAACACAAAGAGUACGAAUCUCGUCUUCAAAAUUUAGAACCAGAAAUAGAGCAAGUAAAAGACACCUUUAGAAGUAUUACACUGAAAACGCCGCAGCAUAAGAAAGAUCUGGAAAAGGUCCUAAAUAAGUGGAAUUACAUAUGGAAUACCAGCAAUUUGUAUAUCGAAAGAUUGAAAUGUUGCGAGAUAGUUCUUAACGGUGUCGAUGACGCUACCCAAGUCAUAUCGGAAUUCGAAAAUAAACUGGCACUGUUUGACGAGUUGCCUUCGACUGAAAAGGCUUUGGAGGCUGUCCAUGACGAUUUGCUUAAAUUACAAUCGGCGAUCAGCCAACAGCAAAUUGUAAUGGAUCAAUUAAACGAUGAUUUCGAUAACACGAAGCGCUUAACCGAAAAGUCGAGACCCAAUCAGCGCGCCCCUCACUCUGACGUUGAAAGACUAGAAAAGGACAUUCAGAAGUUAAAUACGAGGUGGAGUAACGUUUGCGGACAGUUGGCGGAUCGUUUACGUGGAUGCGAGCAGGCGUACGGUUUGUUGAAGAAUUACAAAAAGUCGAAGGAAGUCGAGGAUAAUUGGCUCGAAGAUACGUAUGGUAAGCUCGAAACGUUGCAGCCCAUAAAAGAUCGCGCGAAAGAACAUUUGGAAGUGACCAGGAAUCUUCUGAAUACCGUAACAGAACGUGCUCCUGUCAUUGAACAAGUGAAUAUUAAUGGCGGCCGAUACAUCCGAGAGGGAAAGAUAUGGAGCAAGGGCCUUCAACGUUUUCGAGACGCACUGCUUGAAGCACAGCCGUCCCUCGACGUCAACGCCGCGUUCCGAGCGUCGCGAUCUGCCGCCCCUAGCGGCGCGGACGUCGUCGCCAAGGAGUUGGACGAGUUUAACGCUCGAUACCAGUAUCUCAUCGAUGUGCUGUACGCCAGACUAAAAGAAAUUGCAGCUAACUCACCAGGCGAUAUCGUCACUUUGAGGCUCGUAGAACAAAUGGAGCCACAACCAUUCCGUACAUUCCGAUCAGAGUUCCACAUGAGUACUACUACAGAACAGUCAUCAUCGUAUACGAGUACGACACAUUACAGCAAGCAGUUUACACAAACAAAAUCUUUAAAAAAAGAAAACGGCACCACAGUCACGAUAAACAAGAACGAUUCUCUCAAUAACGCCGAUCAAGUCGAUAACGUCGCUAACGGUCGACCGUUUGAUAAGUACACGACCACCACACACCUAAAUCAGGACUUGCCACCCAAAUGGGGUACAAGUAUGCAAUUUAGCGAAAUUAAAUCUCUAAAACGGGUACAUAAAGUGCACGAGGGUAUAGGAACCGACAGUAUUAUAGACACACCUGGAAUCGUAAAUCCGUACACAGGCGAAAUAAUGACAGUGCGUGACGCCAUCUCGUCUAGAAUCUUAGAUGUUCGCACCGGGAAACUAGUUGCAUCUUCUGAUGGUGUUCAAAUCACGAUAGAGGAGGCUAUACAACGAGGCUUGAUCGAUUCGAAAAUUGCUGAACGUUUAUCGAGUCCCUGCGGUAUUAGAGAAGAUGGACAUAACUUGACGUUACUAGAAGCAAUACAACGGGAAAUUUACGAAGCUGAACAAGGCUUCUUAGACCCGUCCGAGAAACGAAUUAAGGUAACGCAAUCAACAAAUUUCGAAGGUGAUGGAAAAGUUGACGAUUAUCAGUUGGCUUCAAAUGCGACUAUCACAUACACUAAACACAAGGAAAUUAAACUAAAAACGGGAGCUGUAUGUUUGUACGAUGCGAUUAAUCAGGGUCUUAUCGAUGAACGUACCGGUUGGAUUGUGGAUCGUAAUUCGGGUAACAAAUUUCAAAUUGACGCUGCCGUUAAGACGGAUCUUCUCGACGGUAACGUUAGAGAGGUAGUAGAUCAGUCGAAUGAUGAUAAAAUUACGGUAAGUCAAGCUUUGGAGAAGGGUAUUAUAAAUCCGAAGUUAGGGAAAUAUGUGAUGGCUCACGAAAAGCUUCCCCUAUUAGAGGCAAAAAGGCGGCAGUAUAUUGUGAAACCUAUGACUCUUAAAGAUAUCUGUGAUCAAAAUUUAAUUGAUAGUGAGGGUAAGAUUUUUUCACCGUUGCACCAGUCUAAGUUAUCACUACCCGAAGCAGUAUCGCGAGGGGUUUUAGAUUCUAAUUCGAUUAAAUCUGUUCUUGAUACGCAAACGCGCGAAUUGCUCACUUUGGAGGAUGCAUUGCGCCAAGGUAUUGUUUCCGCAGAGAGCAACUUUAAAGAUAACGUAAGCGGCGAAGUUUUUACAAUUCCGGAAGCUGUCCGGCGCGGUUACAUAACUUCCGUAACCCAAAAAUCCAUCUUUGACAUUGACGGUUUUCAAUCUCCCGACAAAGACGAUUUUAUCAGUUUUAACGCGGCAAGUUCCAAAGGCUUCGUAAGUAAAAAGUCUAACGGUAGUCUAGUGGUAAAUUUAAAGAGCGGCAAGCUGGUAUCCUUUGAGGAAGGCGUUCACUUAGGGAAGAUGAAGUCUGAGAUUUACGAAAUGCUAACCAGGAAAAUAGGAAUCUUCGAGGACGGCCGAGAGUUAACAGUACUCGAGGCGGUAUUUAAGGGUUACAUUGAUCCAAAAACAGGUAAUUUCGUUGAUGUUACUAAAAGUAAAGUAGUGCCUUUAAAUGACGCCAUCGCUCAUAAUUUGAUUACCCCAGAGGGUGCCGCCUUGUUAAAUAGUUUACUUAUGAUUAAUGUUACCACUCAAACCACAUGCAAAUUAGUGCAACGGUAUGUUACCGUAACAACUUCCAGUGAUCGGUACCUUAGUAGUAAAAUAACUUACACACAAGCCUUGCAACAGGGUUUAAUCGACAAUCAAAAUCAGACUUUUACGGAUCCAGAGACACGCGAAGUUAUUUCGGUAGUACAAGCCCUGAAUGAAGGUCGAAUUUCUCCAGAUACUGAAACUGUAUCUACACCUCAAAGAGCGCAAUCGCCUACGAAAACUACGAUUAAAGUAAUUCGUCUCGCACCAGAUGAACCAAUGGACGUAGAGCACAAGACGACCACAACUUUUAUUACAAAUGAACGCGUGGGAACCACGUCGGAGCGGCAAGUUUUUGAACUACCGGCCGAUGGAUGGAGACUAGCAGAAGCCAUUCGGCGCAACUUUUUCGAUCCCAUAACCGGCAUGUUUAUCAUUCCAGGUACUGACAGAUUGGUGAGUUUUCAAGAAUGCAUAAAUUUAAAAAUUAUUAAUCCCUCGUCGGCUUUGGUCGUUGAACCGGUUAAUCACAGAAAAAUUUCUCUCGUUAAGAGUUUAGAGAAGGGCGUGCUAGAUAACACGGGUAAAUACAAUUUGGAUAAGAAACGUAUUAACAUGCAGGAAGCAAUCGCGUCUGGCUACAUUAUAUUGGAGGAAAGCGUGAAGGUUGAAGAAACGAAACAGAGGCUUCUUCAGGUUACGAAACAGGUUGGACAACCCGUUAAAGUUGAAGUGUCGCACGUAGUUGAGAAGCAUCCGCCAGUUUAUACUGAAAUCAAAUCACUGGAGCCUGUACAAUUAGAACCAGGUCUUGUUUAUGAUCCUGCUUCCGCUUUAAUAAUAGACGCAGAUAAUAAACGUUCUCAAACUCUGUUUGAAGCUAUUGAUGAUAGACGAAUACUACCGAGCAUGGUUCAGGUGAUCGAACCCUCGUCUGGGGCUACGAUUACAAUAGACGAAGCCAUAAAUAAGGGUAUCAUUGACAGACAGACUGCUACUUAUAAAGACAUAUCCGGAAGUACUAUCACUUUGAGUGAGGCGGCGAAAUUGGGAGUUUUAACUAUCAUUGGAGCACCUUUAGUGGCCGGCGCUACUGUUAUUCGAACAAUGAAGCGAGUACUGAUAUCUGAUCCGAAUACCGGCGAAGAAUUACCUCUAGAUGUCGCCUUCAAUCGAGGGUUGAUAGAUAAAGAAACAUUAACCAAACACGAAACGCAGGAAGCCAAUCUUGUUUUAGAAUCUAAGUCUCCUAUUGUAAUCAGUGACCUAUCGUACUCUAUUCAUAAACCAGAGAUUUCGGAAGUAUCCGCAAGUGAAACGUCGCAAAAGUUGCUACCAGUAACAACAAUUAGUUUGGAAGGAAAUGCCGAGGUGUUGUCACCGGGGGAACGAACGAGGAAUCGUGUAACCAUCGAACCGAAGUAUAGAGUUUCAAUUGGACGUGCUCAAUCAGUUAGUCCCGAUCGAGAGGCGAAGAAGGUGGUUUUACAAAAGUUGCGCAAGAAAAUAGUCAAACCGAAGGAAGCUGUGCAGAAAGGUCUAAUUGACUCGGAAACUGCAGAAAUUUUGGAAAAAAGGGACACUUUUGUUAGUCCGGAUGGCGAAUCGCUAAGUUUACAGGAGGCGAUUGAAUUGAAUAAACUUGACGGAAAUCAGGGUAAAAUUGUAGAUCCUCAACGGGGAGACGUCCUAACUGUGAAUCAGGCGAUUUCGAGAGGGGUUUUAGAUCCGGAAGGUACAAACGAGCUGUUAGUGCCAUUGAAUCACAGUCUAUCUGUGCCUGAACUAUUUGAACAGGGUUUGAUUGAGGUGAAUACUAGCAAAAUUGUUCAUCCGGAAACCGGUGCCCAUUUAUCGAUUCGCGAAGGUAUAAUAUGUGAUAUUGUAGACCCAUUAAGUACUUUAAUUGAAGUGUCCGGUUAUAAAGUUACAUUAGAGCAGGCUUUAGAAACUGGUACUGUAGAUGAAAAUCUUGGUGUUGUUAGAACCGAACUUGGGGAGGUGAAAUUACAAGCAGCGGUCGAUGCCAACAUUUUUGAUACGGCAAAAUCUCCUGAAAGUAUACCGCCUGCUGGUAUGACCUUCCCAGUUGCCUUGAAACGUGGCUUAAUCGAUACCGAGAAUAAAGAAAUAGUUCAUCCCAUUACAAAAGAAAGGAAACCUUUGGAGGUUGCUAUUAAAGAUAACUUUAUCAUGGCGCUUCCCUAUCCUACCAAUACUGACAGUGUCCAAAUUAAUGAGGCUCUCGAAUCCAAGUUAAUUAAUGAGGAUAGCGGAACGUUUACAGUUCCAGCAACUGGUGAGAUCAUACCUAUUUCCGAAGCGGUCGACACUGGUCUGCUAAUUAUAAAACCUCUCCCAAGCGCCAUUCAUAUUAGUACCCAACCGAUUACUACAGUUACUGCGACUGUCACCUCUGUACAUACUGUAACCACCAAAACAAUCGAGCUUCUCUCGGGAUACAUCAUGGUUGAUACAAAUCAAAUUAAGGACGCAAAUACAGGCGAGAUAUACAGCUUAGAAGAGGCACGCGAAAAGGGAAUAAUUGUCGAUGAGAAGGAAACGAAAAAUACAACCACCCUCAAGGACAUUAAAAUGUCAUUCUCGGAUGCGGUUAAUAAAGGAUUGGUCGACAUGAAUUCUGGAACUUACACACAUCCCCAAUCUGGAAUAAAAAUCAACAUCAGCGAUGCGCUUAAAGAAGGAAUAUUGGAGGCCGUUCCUUCCACUCUCACCGAAUCCACAUCUAGGGAGUUACGGGAGGAUAGCUCUGUCAAAAUCACAGAGCUCAACAUAGCCGAGGCGUUCGAGACCAUUUACGACGAGCAAUCGAACAAGUUUCACGAUCCGAAAGCGCCCGAUAAGUUGCUAACGUUCGCCGAAGCGAUCGAGGAGGAAAUUAUAGAUCCCAACUCCGUUAUUUACGAUGUUAAUUCGCAAAAGCCGGUCACUGUGGAGCAGGCUAUCAAAAGGGGGCUAAUCGAUUCUAAAACUGGACAAAUUAAAGAUCAAAAGUCCGGAAAAUCGGUCGACUUUAAAAAGGCGGCGAAAAUGGGAUUGAUCGCAAUAGUCGGAACGCUCGCUGCUCCAAUUGCUGCUCCAGUCUUAGCCGGAGCUGCUGUCGUAAAGGCAAUUAAGGAUAAGAAGAAAUCUCGAGAGCAAACCACCACAAUAAUUCAAAAGGAAACGAUUGUUAGCGUGCCGAAGGAGGAGGUAACGCUCGCAAUUGGAGAUGCGAUUACUCAGAAGAAAAUUGAACCGAAAAUUUGCCGAAUUAUCUACAAUGGCAACGAGUUACCGUAUACCGUUCAAGAUGCCCUUGAACAAAACGAAAUUAGUCCUCUGGAUACGAUUCAAAUAAUUAAUAGCAACACGGUUACUUUGCUACACGAAAAGCCCAGUUACUCUCUUGUAAUUUCUAAAGAUUUAACACCCUACAAGCUGGCCGAAUUGGGCUACUACGAUUUGAAAAUGCGCUGCUUCGUGAAUCCACAAACGUUGGAGAGAAUUACCUUCCAGCAUCUCAUAUACGAAUUGGAACUUUUUGAUCCCGAAAGUAUUCUCGUGAAAGACCUCACGAAGAAACCACCCACCUAUGUGACUUUAUGGGACGCGCUGAAGAGACCUUUAAUUGAUAAAAACACUGGACAUAUGGUCGAUCGUAAGACCGGAAAGCGAGUACCUUUCUUCGAGGCGGUCAAGCUGAAGUGGAUUAUUAAUGUUCGAGAUAAACCGAAGGAGAAGCGUCCCUCAUUGACGCUGGAGGAAAUUCUUGAGAGUGACGAAUUUGAUUUGGAUAGUGGAGAGAUUCGAGAUACUUACACCGGAAACCAAUUGAGUUUAGUACAGGCGAUUAAUGCUAACAUUAUCGAUCCAAAGUCGAUUGCUAUACGUGAUCCGAAGAAUAUGCAAAUUGUUCCUUAUUUUGAUGCUGUUGACACCAAAAUUGUCGACCCUACCGCAGGAGCUGUGGUUAACACGCUUACACAUGAAAGAAUACCGUUCCCGAUUGCGCUGAACGAAGGUUACUUGUUAACAAUUCGAAGACCAAUAUCUCUAGAAGCCUUGAUACGAAGAGGUUAUUACGACCCAGGCACUGGUAAAAUCAAAGAUCCCAUGACAAAGCGUUUAGUUUCAAUAGACGAAGCGGUGAGUAGACAAAUUGUGGAUGACAACAUAAGUCAGGUGUUAGACAUACAAAGCAAUACUUUAGUGCCUUUAGAUAUUGCCAUAAAAAAUCGAAUUGUUAUACCCGAGAGUGGAACGGUCGUAAGCCACAAUGGCGAACUGGUGACACUAGACAUUGCAUUAGAGCAUCACCUAAUACAGACGAAAUUAAUUAUUCUCAACUUUCUACAGGCGAUUCUCCUAAAUUAUUAUUCUCCACAAACUGGAUUAAUUUUAAAUCCCAUUACUGGAGAGGAGAUCUCGAUUCGGAAAGCUAUCGAAUAUAAACUAAUAGACCCAGCAACAACAAAAGUAAAAGAUGAUCAAAAGAAGAAAAUUGUGGAGUUGUCUGAGGCAGUUGCGUCCAAAUUAUUGGAUAUUGACAAGGGAGUGUUAACCAAUCCGAAAUUGAGCUUAGAUCAAGCUUAUAAUAAAGGCUACAUAUUGAGUACAGUGUUGCCAUGGUCUCUGCAAGAAACUUUAGCGUUACGAAUCUACGAUACCGAAACUGGCCAGUUUGAAAUCAACAACACCAGCAUGACGCUCACCGACGCAAUAACCGAAAAUAUUGUAAAUCCGAAUGUGCUAACUGUUAGGACUCCGAAGUCGAGUGAUAUCAUAACAUUAAACGAAGCGAUUAUCUUGAAAUUAAUCGAUCCAGAGAAGGGUAACUUUGUCGAUCCCGAAAGUAAAUCUGAAAUGAACCUUUAUGAAGCACAGGAUCGUGGGUUUAUAGUUCCCUACCAAAGUCAACUUACGCUACCAGAAGCUGUGUACAAAGGCUACUAUGAUCCUACUACUGGUAAAUUCAUCAACCCCAGAAAUAAGCAGAAGUGGAAAGCCGACAAGGCAAUACGCAGAGGUUAUCUCGACCCAUCGUCUACUUUGGUGACAAUUGAUGAAGAGAUCUAUACGUUUGACGAAGCGGUUGAUGGUGGAAUUAUAGAUACUGAGCAUUUUGAUUUUACGGAAGCAUUUGAAAAAGGCAUACUUAUUGAGGUUAGAACUCCUAUUUCUCUUUCAGAGGCACUCAUUAAAAUUUACGAUCCCAACUCCCACCUGUUUUUGGAUCCGAGAACUGGCAACUAUGUUACUUUGAUAGAGGCAAUUGAAAUUAAUCUUAUAGAUCCUAAUUCGGUUCAUGUACGCGAUACUAGGGUGGGCGUGUGGAAGAAGCUGACAUUAAUCGAUGCCAUCCACAAUCAUUAUGUCGACGGUGACACCGGUCGCGUUAAAGACUUUUCAAAGGGUGAGCCCAUCGAGCUGACUUUGCAAGAAGCGUUAGACUUAAAUAUUUUAAUCGAUAAUAAAGCCGCGAUUUCGUUACCGUGCGCGAUUCACCAGGGGUUGUAUGAUGAAAAGUCUGGGAAAAUACUUGAUCCGAACACAGAUAGGCGUAUCACAGUACAUGAAAGCAUACGUAAAUUCAUUGUAAAUCCGUUGCUACCUUGUUAUUUUGAUAAAAAAAGUAACGCUGUACUAAAUUUGGCCGACACAUGUAGGGUGGGAAUUAUAGACAAGUUGAACGGCACAUUUGUAGAUCCCAACUCCUCUACUAAUAUCCCUCUAAGCGAAGCGUUAAAACGUGGAUUGAUUAUCGAUAUCGAAACCUGUAAUUUUGACUUAUACGACACCAUUGACAUGCAGUUCUACGAUUCUGCUACUAGCAUAUUCACCCACCCAGUUACUGGUUCGAAAUACACUCUCAAAGAAGCUUGUGACAAAGAAUUAGUUAAUCCCUUAACAUCCUUGAUCAAAAACCCUAAAAGCAAUAAGUACGUCAAACUACCAGAGGCAGUCGAAUGCAACAUAAUUAAUGAUCAACUCUCACUAUACAAUUUGCCGAACGGAAAGACCUUAAAUUUAUCAGAUGCCAAGAAAAAAGGUUUAAUUGUUACUUCAAGCAAGCCGUUGACUCUCGAACUCGCUAUUAGUAAUCACUUGUAUCGCCCGGAUAGUGGUAAGUUCGUCGAUCCAUUGACGGGCGAAUUUUUCGAUCUUCUCCAAGCGUUAGACGUCGGUUUAAUUGAAGCGAAUACGACGGCUCUAAACGAUACUGCCACCAAUUCUGUUAAGUCAUUAAGAUUGGCAAUUCGGGACGGUAACUUAGACGUUGAAAAGGGACGCGUACUCGACUCGAAAACAAAACAGACUUACAAUUUCGACAAGGCUUUUCAACUUGGUUUACUUGUUACCUUAGAUAAACCGCUAGUGGAGGAGAGCGUUACCGACUUGGUGGCGCAAUCGAAACCUAUACGCGAAUGUCCUCUAGAGGACGCUCUUAGUUUCGAAUUGAUCGACCCGAACAGCGCGGUUUUACGAGACUCACAAACCGGUAAAUUCAUCACGAUUACCGAGGCAAUAGAGCGAGGUAUUAUAAACAUUUAUAAAGUGAUCAGUUUCGAUACGAGUAGUAACGUGAAAUGUAUGAUCGUCACAUACGACACCAAAAUCACUAUAUACCUACGCGAGCCCUUCUCCUUCACGCAAGCUUUAGAACUGGGCCAUUUAGAUACGACAACCGGUAAAUUCACAAUUCCACAAUCCAAUGACGUAAUCAGUUUGAAAGAUUCGGUCACUUUGGGUUAUAUAAAUUCAGAUACAGCUCUCGUCAAAGACGUUAAUAAAAACAAACUGCUCAAAUUGCCCGAGGGAUUUCGAAAGGGUCUCGUCGAUGCCGAAAAAGGUAACGUGCUCGACAGUAGCACAUCUAAACUGUACUCACUGUCGGCUGCCAUCGAUAAUGGUCUAUUAAUGACACCCCGAAGAGGUUUUACUUUGAUCGAAUGCAUAAUAUAUGGCAUAUAUAAUCCGACGACCGGGGGAUUCACUAAUCCCUUCAUAACGAGCACGAUAAUUGAUCGAAAACGCCUCACCUUAACCGAGGCGAUCACCGAUAAUUUAAUAGAUCCGACCAGCACAGUUAUUAAAGACUCUGAGAGUGGAGCCGUUGUACCUCUUCUGUCGGCGAUCGAUACUGAAUUGAUCGAUCCGAUCGCAGGGAAAAUCGAAGACAAAGUUGAGAAUAAAAGUAUAGAUUUUAUUAAAGCGUUCGAGAAAGGAUUAAUCUUACCGGCAGAACAACGGCAAGCGGUGGAGGAAAAAUACAAGUUAUGUGACGAUAUGUUGUCAAAGUUGCUUAAGUGGAUUAGCGAGGUUGAAGGGAGAAUAUCGUCUCAAAGUGUCGUUCGUGAAAGUGAGGAGGAGCUUCGAAAUCAGAUAAACACAAUGAAGCAAGUCAAAGACGACUUAGAUCAGCAUGCGAGCCAAGUGUCGCACUGUGGUGAUCAAGUAAGACAACUUGUACUUACUGGUGGUGACGUUUUGUCCAAGAGCGAGGUGUCUGCUCUAGAGAAGAGUGGCAGGAAUCUCAAGUUAAGAUAUGAUAAGUCAGUUGACCGUGCAGAACGAUUGUUGAAAAAACUUUUCGCUGCUAGAGACGAGCUGUUUAAGCUCAAAGGUGAAUUGAGCAACUUUUCCACUUGGUUAAACAAAGCGCGGAGAGUAUUGGAAGAAAAAGAACGUUCUUUGAGUGACUUGCAUAAAUUAGAUUCUAGUACUGAUAGCACCAAGGAAUUUGUAUCCGACGUUAUUGCCCACCAAGCCGAUUUACGCUUCAUCACCAUGGCUGCUCAGAAAUUCUUCGACGAAUCAAAAGAAUAUCUCAACGUCUUAAACGAAUUCCGUACUUCGCUUCCUUCGCGUUUACCUCACAUUGAACCUUUAUCUUCUCAAGACUCCCCCAUACGAAACGAAGUCUCAUAUGUAACCCAACAGUACCGAGAUUUGCUACACCGAGCCAACAACUUAUCGGAUCGUCUGUCUGGUGUGGGCAGUCGCCAGCGUGACUAUACUGAUGCUCUUGACAAGGCGCGGCAGUGGUUACGAGAUGUUGAGCCCAAAGUGAAUAAAGUUCUCAAUGAGCCUAUCGCUGGAGAUCCGAAAGGUGUAGAAGAUCAACUUAAUAAGGCGAAAACCCUUAAUAAUGAAUUUAUUGCGAAUGGACGCUUAAUUGAUAACAUCAAACAGGCACUGGAUUCGCUGCUACGUUCUUUAGAGGGCCAACUGUCACCUGUUGAAAUGUCUCGUCUGGAACAACCCGUAAUUGAAUUGGAUCAAAAAUACAAACAGCUCGGAAAUGCACUCGCCGAACGUUGCCAAGAACUUGAUACUGCUUUGGUACAAUCCCAAGGCGUUCAAGACGCGCUCGACGGUAUCGUUAACUGGCUUAACUCGGCAGAAAAUCAAUUCAAAAAUCUACAAAGGCCAGCUUCGUUAAUCAAAGACCGACUUGAGGAGCAAUUGCGAGAACACAGAGUAUUCCAAUCCGAUAUCGACACACAUAUUUCAUCGAUCGAUUCCGUCUACUUAUCAGCGAGUGAGUUAAUCGUCUCGACGAGCAAUGCGCGCGUCGCCAAGCAAAUCGAAACAAAAUUAAACGAUGUUAAAGUCCGCUUUGAAAAAUUAUUUGAUCGAACUCAAAAACGAGCAGAAUUUUUGGAAGAUGUUAACAGCAACUUGAGCGUGUUUCUCACCCACUCCACACAGUUUGAGCAGUGGUAUUCCGGUAUCGUGGAACUGUUAGACUCGCGCGAUUUUGCCAAACUGAGCAUACAGGAAUACACAACUCGUAUGAGCGAUAUCGCGGCAAAUCGAGACGGGAAGAGAGAGCUAUUUGAUAGCACAAUUCGUGACGGUAAAGAUCUGGUUAACAAACGCGACGUCACCGAUACUGCACCAGUUCGGGAUAGAAUUAAGGCCAUGGAGAACCAGUGGAAAGAACUGAAUAGUCUUCUUGAUGAGAAACACAAGUUAUCCUUGCAACGCGCGGAACAAUUGAAUAUCUAUGAGGGUCUACGCCUUCAGGUAUCGGAAUGGUUAACCAAAAUGGAGACUAGAAUGACUCGUUUGGAAAUUGUUGCGCUCGAUAUGGAAACUUUACGACUGCAGAAUGAUGAGCUGAAACCGAUAGCGAAAGAAUACAGAGAUUACGCAGUCACUAUCGAUAAAGUCAACGAUGUAGGUAAUUCGUACGAUAAUUUAGUCAAAAGCGAAAGGCCAGAUUCUCCAACUAAAAAACGAACGCAAGCGUAUAGUCCAACGAAACGUACUACUAUUGCAGUCAGCCCAUUAAGACGCGGUUCACAAGACGGCCGAUCCCCUUCGCCUACCAAGGGAAUUAGUAUGCAAUCACCGAUAUCUCCUGGUGGAUCCAGUGGAUUUUCAUCACGCCGUUCCAGCCAGGACGGAUUCCACCUUGAAGAACUAUCGCCAAUUCAACAGCAGCUUUCCGAAAUUAAUAAUCGAUACUCUCUGCUCGGCAUUAAAAUCAGCGAUCGCCAAUCUGAAAUAGACAGCACUAGGGACGAAGUUAAAAAACAUUUAGACAAUUUGAAAAUUCUGGAUUCGUUCUUGGAUAAAGUGCAGAGACAGUUGCCGAAAGAAAUAGUACCCAACACGAAGGAGGAGGCCGAUAAGAGCGUGAAACAGAUCAGACAGAUUAUGGAAGAAUUGUACGAAAAACAAUCAUUACUCGACUCGACGCGAACUCAAGUCAAAGAUUUGCUUAGAAGAAAACCGGGAGCGCUCGGUGCAGAUAAUCUGAAUGAUGAACUUGAAGAUGUGGUGUCUAGAUGGAAGAGCUUAAAUGAUCGCUGCAAGGAUAGAAUAAAAUUCAUGGAAGAUAUGAAAGAGUUCCUCGACACCCACGAAUCCAUGUCGUCUUGGUUAUCGGCCAAGGAAAGAAUGCUAACAGUUCUGGGACCGAUUUCAAGCGACUCUCGUAUGGUCCAGUCUCAAGUACAGCAGGUGCAAGUAUUACGUGAGGAAUUCCGUACACAACAACCACAAUUGCAACAUCUAAUCGAUGUUGGAGAUUCAGUCCUAAGUUACUUAGAUCCUCGGUCACCUGAUGGUCAAAAGGUGAACACCAAACUCACCAAUGUACAACAACGAUGGUCCGAUUUAUUAGGAAAAUUGGAUGAGCGAGCUGAUUCUUUAGGAGCAGCAGUCGACACUAGCAGGGAGUUUGAUGCACAGCAUACCCGUUUACGUGAAGCCCUACAAACUAUAUCUGAUAAUCUUGACGAGUUACCUUUGGAUAGAGAUCCCGAAGAACAGUUGCGCAAAAUUGAAAAUUUCGAAAGACAACUGGAGGGACAACGUCCUCUAUUGGCAGACCUGGAAGCGGCCGGAAUUCAACUUUGCAAUGUGCUUAGCGAUCCGGCGUCCCGAACUGAUAUUCAAGCCAAGCUGGCAUCCAUCGGACGACAAUACAAUGCGUUGCAGAAGAAAUUGGACCAUAGAAAGGCGGAGAUCGAGGGCUCUCUUCGUGACGGCAGGAUGUUUGAGGCGUCGUGCGCGAAAACUUUAGGAUGGUUGUCUGAGGAGCUUGGAUCGCUAUCGGAGCGAUUACUCAUUUCGGCCGAUCGUGAUGUGUUGGAACAACAAUUGGCGCAUCAUGAACCGAUUUACAGAGAGGUCUUAGCAAGAGAGCAUGAGGUGAUUAUGCUGUUAAACAAAGGAAGAGAUAUGAUCUCGCGCAACAGCAAGUCUGAUAGUCGAACGUUACAAAGGGAUGUCGAUAAAAUACAACAACAGUGGGAUAAACUUAGAAAGGAAACUAUGGAUAGGCAGACCAGACUUCAAACAUGUAUGGAACACUGCCGCAAGUACUACAGAACCUUGGAGACAUUUUUACCUUGGCUUCGUCAAGCGGAAGACAAAUUAGAUUCACUAAAGCCGUCAUCCUUUAAACGUAAACAUAUAGAGAAGCAAUUGAAAGAUCUGCAAGUUUUUCGAAAUGAAGUGUGGAAACGUUCGGGAGAAUACGAGAAUACGCGAUCGUUAGGUGAUACAUUCCAUUCAGCGUGUGAUAUAGAUAAAGAUAUUGUUAAGAACGAACUGAAUAACUUAAAAGACCGUUGGGAUAAGUUAAAUAAUGAUGUCAUUGCGCGUACGCAGGCUUUAGAGGAUCAGUCAAGGAAAUUGUCCGAUUUUAACGAAAAUUUGCGUGAACUUCUGCAUGGUUUGGAGAGGUGUGAGGAUAAAUUGGCGUCGCAUGAUGCAUUAGGUGGUGUUGCUCGUGAUCCUAAAUUGCUCGAUCGUGUAAAAAGUUUACGUGAUGAGGUUGCCCAAUUGAAAAGACCGCACCAGACUGUUCGCCAGCAGGCUACUGAUUUAGUCCGCGAAGCUGCUGAGAAUAGUAUCGACGCCAAUCACUUAGAAGACGAAGUUGACGGUUUAGGAGAUCGAAUCAAUGAGUUGCAUGCGAAACUGGACGAUCGUUGUUCCGAUUUACAAUCUGCCGCCACUGCGGUUAUGCAGUUUAAUGAUCAAGUGAAAGCGCUAACUAACGACCUUUCCGGUUUAGAAACAGAGCUAGAUUCGAUGAAACCUCCUGGUCGCGAAUUCAAGACAGUUAAACUACAAAUCGAUGACAUAGGAAACCUAAUUGGUAAAAUUAAUAAAGCUUCAGAUGACGUUAACGAUGCUGUGUUCGCCGGCGAACGCUUGGUUGACAGUGGCUUUGCGCCCGAUACUGUCCAGACUAGACAGCAGGUGGAUAGUUUACGGAAACAAUUGGGCAAGUUGGACGAACGCGCAAGGAAUCGCGAGCAAAAUUUGGAAGGAACGCUUAAGAAAUUGCAGGAUUUCUAUUUGAAUCAUUCGAGUGUAUUGGAUAACAUAGGCGAUACUACAGAGCAGUUGCGCAAAAUGAAACCAGUUGCAUCCGAAGUGGAUAGUAUUAGAGCCCAGCAACAAGACUUUAAGAAAUUCAGAGCCAAGAGCGUCGAACCACUUAGCAAAAUGGUGGAUGAUUGUAAUCGUAUAGGUCAGAGUCUUAUUCAGUCCGCCUCACCGGGCGUUAAUACGACCACACUGGAGAAAGACUUAGAGAAAAUGAAUGAUUUGUGGAAUAGUCUAAAAGAAAAGAUUAAUGAUCGCGAGAGACGACUAGAUAUUGCACUAUUACAAUCUGGCAAAUUCCAAGAAGCUUUAGACGGAUUGGCCAAAUGGUUGACAGACACUGAGGAGCUAGUAGCUAACCAAAAAGCACCUUCUGCAGAUUACAAAGUUGUAAAAGCACAGCUUCAGGAACAAAAGGUAAGAUAA